GUGCUCUGUCCCCUCCAAGCAAUCCAGCGGUACCCUAUCCCCAACCCCUCAUGUCUCUGUCCCACAAAUUGUCCAUCUCUGAGUAAUGAGUUUUUCAUAAAUUGUUAUUGUGUAAUUUGGUGAAAGAAGUUUCAGUUGCAGAACAAGAACAAUAAUAGCAAUGGAAGUGAUAAACAGGUUUAUAGCUCUGAAGAGUCAUGUAGAGGGUGCACCGAGGGAAUCGGAUUUUGAGCUCAAAACGGAAGCAAUUUCUUUAAUGGUUGAGCCUCAUUCCAAUUGCAUCAUCCUCAAAAACCUCUAUGUAUCCAUAGAUCCUUAUCAGAUGAACCGUAUGAAGAGUUACAGUUCUUCCCACAAGGCCGUCGAUUCUUCAGCUGGAAUCGUUCCUGGCCAAGCUAUUGAAGCUCAAGGCAUAGCAAAAGUAGUGGCUUCAGGCAAUCCCGACUAUGAAAAGGAUCACUUGGUUGUGGGUUUCAUAAGCUGGGGAGAGUAUACUGUGACAAAAUCACCUGCCUCGUUAGCUAAAUUGGACCCUUUGGGUUUCCCAUUGUCCUACCAUCUUAGCAUAUUAGGAUCCAGUGGACUGACAGCAUAUGCUGGAUUUUUUGAUAUAUGCAAGCCUAGGAAAGGAGAGAAAGUGUUUGUAUCAGCUGCUUGUGGAUCAGUUGGAAAUUUGGUAGGACAAUAUGCAAAGCUCUUUGGCUGCUAUGUAGUAGGGUGUGCUGGAAGUAAAGAAAAGGUAGCAUUAUUAAAAGACAAGCUUGGAUUUGAUGAUGCAUUCAACUAUAAGGAACAAACUGACUUAAAGUCUACCCUGAAGAGGUAUUUUCCUGAUGGUAUUGAUAUAUAUUUCGACAACGUUGGAUCCGAAAUGCUGGAAGCAGCAAUUACCAAUAUGAACAACUUUGGUAGAAUAUCUGCAUGUGGAGCAAUCUCAGAGUAUACAAACAUGGAAAGAAAACCAACAAUCGAUAUGAUAGAUAUAGUGUACAAGAGGAUCAAAAUGCAAGGAUUCUUAAUGCCUGAUCACUUGAACCUUCAUUCAGAAUUCAUGUCAACAACUUGUGUUUACAUUCGUAAUGGCAAGAUUCAAAUCCUAGAGGAUGUCUCAAAUGGCGUGGAGAGCAUUCCUUCAUCAUUCAUUGGACUGUUUAGUGGAGAUAAUGUUGGAAAGAAGAUGGUCAAGCUUUUUGAAGAAGAUUGAUUGCCAAUGUGAGACUCCACAAACAAAAUGUGACUUGAAUCAAAAUCUUCUGCUGACAAAAGACCAGUGAUGAAAUUCUUGAGCCUUUCAGCACCUGGACCAGGCUUAAGGUCAGUGCUGUUUGGUCUGAUAUUAUUAAGGACACUCAUAUUUGAAUCUCCUUCAUUACUGAACCACCACCCACUUGGCGAAAACCCGUCAGCAUUUCGACCUAAAAUGUCGGAGUCGAUCUUAUCAAGCACCGAAUCGUCGCUGUCGAAUUUUCUUGCAAAUGGUGCAUUGCUAUCCACCAUAGCUUGGAAAUCAUCAAGAGUGAGAAAAUGAGGGUGCUGCUUUGGAGGAUUAUCCCAAGAUAUGAAGUGAAGGUCAUGGUUUACUGUUGUGUUCUUGAACUCCUCGGCGUUGCAGAUUACUGUGUGAAAAUAACCCUCCGGCGAAGAGAGGAAAUUUGCAUAGUACAUUAGGACUAUCCUCGGCAGAUUGUCCCAUCCCCAUAUGCAGUACUCGAUAAAAGGACGAGAGAGCAUCAUCCAAGCAGAACCUGAAAAAAAUAAAUUGGUUUAUUCCAAAACCGAAUGAAAUUGAAUUUAUAAGCAUAUUAUAAAAGCAUUCAAACUGAACCAAAUCAAGCUAAUCGGUUUGGUUGAUUUUUGAUUUUGUUUGUACCGAAAUUGAUUUUUUUUACGUCCAAAACUAAACUGAACUAAAAAAAUUGUUCUUCUAUUAAAUUUUCAGACCAAACUGAAUUUAUUUUAGCGGUUUGGUUUGACUUUUACA